AUGUUUGAUUCGGGCAUCAUCCCCCCCUUCGAGCACACCGUCGGCGAAUCCCUCCGCGUGGCCCGUUGCGUGUACGGCCGCCUGCUGUUCUCUUGGCCGUCGCGGGAAGAUGCCGCGGCUUUCCGCAAGCUUUUUCCCCUCAUGCUGAAAAUCUCCAACUCCCACCCCGUCAUGCUGAAAGUUUAUGUUGACAGGUUCAAAGUCUUCACCGCCGCAAAGGUAGCCGGCGCUCCCACCCUGUCUAUUCGAAACGUCCCCCUCGAGUUUGAUCCGGAGGAUAUCCGCGCCUCUCUCCUCGGGACCACCGACGAGGACGGCGCGCUCACGGACCCGACUGAUUUUCACCGUGCUUCUGACCCCUACGAAGACACCUUUUUCACCCACCUUGCAGGGCUCCUGGUCGCCACCCCCGAUGAUCCGAACUUCGAACGGAUCCCAUCCGAAAUCCUGCUGGAGUCGAACAAGCCCGCUAUGCUGCUCAAUUUCUCCUGCCACGUGUGCUCGCUGUGCGGUGCCCCCCCACACCCCGCCUUCACCCUCGUCACCCACCUCUCCCCCACAGCGCUUCCUUCUCCGGCCCCCCAUGUCGUGGGGCUCCUACUCACUCUCCCGCCCUCCCCACACCACCCCUCCCUCCCUACCCUCUCCAACCCCUGUCGGCAACCUUCCCUCCCAGGACGCUCAGCCCUUGCCACCAACGUACCCUCCUCUGUCCCCCCUACAGUCGGGCCUCCGCCCACCCUCAUGACUCCCCUAUACUCCCACUCCCCCCAUGCAAGCUCCGCACCGCACUUUCUUACGGAACCCCUCGCCCUGUUCCCUUCCAACACUCCCCCCACUUUAGGCGCCUUCCCUCCCAAGGUCUCCCCAGAGGACGGCCCCGCUGCCCACCCCCACGCUGGCACGGAGACGCUCCCCUCCCCCUCUCUCUCCCCCCUGUUUCUAACAGCACCCUCCCCUACUUCCCCCACACCCCGACUCCUCCCCUCCCCUCCCUCUCUCCCGAUCCCCCUCCUCUCGUUUCCCCCUACCCUCAAUCCCGCCUUCCCCACCCCCCCUCACUCUUUUCACCCCCCACCCUCUCAGGGACCCAACUGCAACCGCAACCUUCUGGGGACUCAUGCCGCGCCGACCGCCUUCCGCAACGACCCCGGCCUCCUCUACAUCGGGCUGGACGACUGGGUCGAAUACUGGACAUGCGCUCUCUGCGACUUCACCUGCGGCGCUGCCCUCGACAGCGCCAUGGAGCAUAUCCAGUCCUACCUGCACGCCACCCGCGUGAAGGCCUCCGCUCAUCGCCCGGCAGCCAAGGACGACUUUGGUCCUUGGCGCGCACUCACCCUGCUGCAGCAGAAGGCUCCGGUGACUGCCUUCCUUCGCGGCCGUCCUUAG